UUUUAGCGCAUUUUGUUAAUGCAGCAAGAGGUUUUAUUAGUAAUUAUGCUGCAACGUCUUGUCCUCUAGAUCAAUAGGUAGUAACGCCAGUUGCUCGAUCCGUCACAGUUUUUAAAAUUCAACAAUUUCAACAAUUUUCCGCUUCCCGCUAUGGUGGCAGACCUGUUCCCUCACUACGCCAUUACGCUUUUCUGUGUGAUCCGGGACAGUCGUGAGUGAAAUCGGUAAGAGGAUUUUGGUGGUUAGUAGCUAUUUACGUACGGUAAUGAGUGUAACACCCCGGGGAAGUUCACGGAGGCGAAGAAGCGAAACAGAAGACCCGUUUUCAAGGAAGUUGCGAUGCCUGGAAGAAGAAUACAGGCGGUCGCGUUCUCGACACGGGCGCACGAGAUCGCGGCGAAGGAGCUCGGACUCUAGCCAUAACAGACGAUCUAAUGCAGAUGACUUUGAUAAAGAGAAUGGCGAGCGUAUCGCAGGUAUAUACAGACGAACGUCACAUUCUAAUCAGAAUCAUUUAACCUCAUCCAAAAGGGACCGUUCAUCAAGUUUGUUUGAUGAAGUGAGCGGCGAGUGCCAUCGGCGAGCUGCGUCACGCUCGAGUCGGAGACAUUCGUAUUCGAGUGAGAAGGAUACGCAGAUUUCAGCGAUCGAGUCUGACAGAGAGGGCGGUGAGCGUAAUCCGAGAGAUACGUCACGUCCUAGUCACAUUUCACUUGAAUCGGCAAAACAGACCGAUGCCGAGGGAAUAGUAUCGGCCAUGGAACUGGACGAAGUGACGUUGGGCUUACUUGGAGAUGAUCCAGCCAAAGACACCCAAAAAGGUCCCGAUAUUCAUGUAGCUGUAGCGGAACGCUGGGAUAAAAUAUUGCGAGAUGGUCUAUCGAAAGAUCAAAAGCGCGAUCUUCAAGAAAAAUAUCCAACAAUUGGUAAUUGUCCACUAACCAGAGCGCCAAAACUUAACCCCGAAAUCAAGACUGCCUUAUCGGCGCUUGCGGGAAAAAAGGACCACUACCAGUACCUGGCCCAAAAUCAGCUGGGAGCGGGAAUUAAUGCUAUCGGCGCAGCAUUAACGGAGGUGUUAAAGGCGGAGAAAAGCAUUGAAUUGGCGGUCGAUUCCACAAAAUUUAUUGAACGCCUUGCCGAUGCAGGUAGAAUCCUAGCGGACUUGCACCAUGAUAUGUCAAAAACAAGAAAAUCCUUUAUUGUACCAGGAUUAAAUCCUAUUGUAAAACAGAUUGCGGAUGAAAGUCCGAUCGAUGGCCUAUUAUUUGGAGAAAAAUUCUCCGAAAAUCUCAAAGCCGCAAAAGUCAUGGAAAAAGCUUCCAAGGAUGUGAUAAAGCAAGGGGGGAGCGGCUACCGGAAGAGUAUUGGUAUCACGUCACGAGAUGAAAAUCGUAGAUACCAGUCUUCGCGUUGGAAGCAAAGUGGAUAUCCCAGCCAUCAUCAAGGCGAGAAGUUAAACUGGCGUCGUUCCUUCGGUAUGAGCUAUCGAGGCACUCAGCGGAAGGGACAGAAAUCGAAAGAACCUCGGCCCAAGGACAAUCGUCAGCACAAGGAUUAGACUUGACAACAACACCCGUUACGAGCGUCGCUUUCCCUGGUUGUCGGGAGAUUAUCGGGCAAGCGUUUAGGUUAAAAGGAGUGCCUCAAGACUCUAUUCCAGUGGUGAUGAAGUCCUUAUCAGACGGGACAAUCAAGCAGUAUCGAAAACCGCUAAAUUUAUGGUGGGAAUUUUGCCAAGAGAACAAGAUAUGUGCCUUUCAGGCACCAAUUCCAAAAGUUCUGGAAUUUCUAACGCGUUGUUUAAGUCAAACAAGAACAUGGCCGUGGCGUUAGUUGCGGGAGAGGAAAUAGGGCAACAUCCAAUAAUUAAAAGAUUUUUUCGAGGCGUGGCUCACUUACGGCCUCAAACUCCGAAAUAUGAGGAAAUCUGAGACCCCGAUCCAGUACUGUUAUUUGAGGACUCUUUGGCCCCACGAAGCAUUAACCUUUGAA